AUGAGUUUGGUUUUAUGCAAUGGUCCUGUCAUGAAGUUGUACAUAUGGGACAAGGCCGCUGCAGUCUUCUGUGAGAAGUUUAAAGCACUUGGAAAACCUCCAACUGUUAUUCUGGUGACAACUGUUAAUCCAAAACGUUUUGGAGGUGCCUUAUUUCUGUCAUCUCUAUCAUCCUCGCGUGUGUUUUUUGAUAUGGAUGUUCAAGCAACCAGAGAAUAUCUGGCUUGGUUUGAAUCGAACACGGAAGUUGCCAAUAGAGUGAAUGCUGAGAUUGUCACCAAAGCUGAGACGGCUACUAUAGGAAAUUUGUUAUCUUACAUGAAGCAGGAAGGGGCAAAUGUCGUUUGGUUCGAGUGCACAGCCACUAUUGAUGAUAUUGUGCAUGACUCGGCGUGGUAUUAUACUGCUUGUGGUGGGUGCAAGACUAAAGCAACCAAAGGGCCUACCACACUUAUGUUUAAGAAGUAUCUCACGAACCUCUCUGUCUAUGACAACAAUGAUCACGCUAGCUUUGUGCUUCUCGGUGAUGCUGGGCGUGAGUUGACUGGGAUGAAAGCCUCAGAAUUGGUUGAGAGAUACUUUGAGGCAAAUGAAAGCGUCGGAGAUGAUCAUGUAGUCCCGGUGCCACCGUCUCUGACUGAUUCCAUUGGACAGACUCGCACGUUCGUUAUCAAGAUAUCAAAACACAACCUGGAUGGCAAGACCCAGUCUUUGACUGUCACCAAAGUUCUUCCUCUGAAAGUUCCAGCACUUAAAGGCAACAUAGAUGAGGACGUGGAAGAGGAGCCUGCUGAUGAGAAGGAUGGAGCUGCAGAUGGGACUGUGAAAAGGAACUCUGAUGGGAUCGAGUCUGGAGAGACCAAGCGUGCCAAAUGUGGCUAA